CAGCGGCGUUACAGAACCACUUUUACAAGUUUCCAACUGGAAGAGUUGGAACGAGCGUUUCAAACAACACACUAUCCAGACGUAUUUACCAGAGAAGACCUUGCCGUGAGAAUUCAACUGACCGAAGCAAGAGUCCAGGUGUGGUUUCAGAACAGGAGGGCCAAGUGGCGUAAGAGAGAG